AUGUACGGCGCAUUGUCGGGCCGCGGCUUUAGCGCUCCGCCAUAUUUGCUCACAGGCCCCGACGCUUUAUUGUCGUCGGAGCUCCGUUCCCUCGCGAUCCCCCACAAUGGCGAGCGCGCGACGGACCCCGGCGCUUUUACGAACCGUAAAACGCCUGCGAUUAAUUUUAGGAUCGAUUGUUUCCGACAAACUGUCGGCGAGAGAUUGGGGCCGCGUGAACGUGAGUCAACGGCGAGCGUCACGCUGCGGAGGGACGUUGCGUCUGACGAAUUCAAUGAACGAUCGCAUCGGCCGUCUCUUAAUGAGUUUCGGGUACAA